AGUCAGUAGGUCGUGCAGACGAACUGCCACAUCUGCGACGAUCGCUUAUGGAAAUUAGGAAUUAUUGAAGGACUUCUUCACGUAUUUUUUUUUUACUGGUAUAUAUGAAAACUAGAGUCAUGUUUGUAAUGUGAUUCUUUAUCAAUGUAUCUAAAACAAAGGCAUGAGAGUCGCUGUUUUCUGAAUUCAAUCCACAUUUUUCCAAAGUGAAAAUGUUUAUUGUAUAAGGUUAUGAGGCAUUUAAAUAAAUGUAAGAUCAGAUGAACAGUACAGCAAAUUAACUCAAAAUGAGAUAAUGUAAAGAAAAGAAAGAAAAAAAACAGUAUUUAAAUGUUCCUCUUUCUCUCACUAUUUCGUCUGCUCAUAUGCUGAAAACGUAUUUUUAAGCUCCAGCUCCACCACCACCACCGCCGCUUUGUUAGUCGUUCCUGGGAACAAGAAUGUAUUGGGUGGAAUCUUAUAUAUUUAUAUAACAGAAAAACAUAUCGUAAAAAGUUAUUAACUUCCCGUUUGCUUAUGUUGAUUUCUUAGGAAAUAUUUGGUGGUGCUGUAGCCUUCUCUUGGGGGAUAUAUUACUGUACAUGACAAUGCAUUGAGGUUGACUGCAUCAGGACAUAAAACUGAACAAUAAGAGAAGUUGUCUAGUCUUUGAGCGCUGGCUGACAUUUAGCGAAACAGACCGUUUGAGGAGCAGCUAGUCUUCAGGAGAAUAAGUGAUUUCAAAUCAUUAAUAAUAUUACAAAAUUGUACUUUAUUUCAGAUUUAAUGAAGAUUUAUUGAAGACUCAAUGGUGUGAAAAUGAUUGAAGUUUCGGCAAGACUUCCAAGGGGACCAGUGUUCCUGGCUGGAGAAACUCUCCGCUGUGAAAUCGUAUUCACAAAUAUUUCCAGAGAUAAUGAGUACGAAAUUUUGCUUGGAGGUGGACACUGUGGCUUGGUCUAGUGUUCAGCUCAUAUGCCAGUGCUCAGUAAGUGAAUCCAGAGUGCAGUUACCUAGAACGCAGAUCAUGUCAGCUGAGGAAGCCUCAAGUACUGGGUGUGACACAUCAUUUGUUCCGAACAAAGGGGAAAGAGGUUUGACAGUGCUAUGCACAAAACCCAAGAUAUUAUUUUGUGAUCUGAAACUACAGCCUGGUGAAUCACGGACAUUUGAAUAUGAAGAUGCUAUUCCAACGGAUGCUCCACCAUCAUUCCGAGGUCAGGCAGUGAAGUAUUCUUACAAGUUUAUCAUAGGCACCCAGCGACCAGGAUCUGCGACAAAACUUUUGCGUAUUCCCUUUAGGGUGAUGGUUAUGCCCGGUUUGAAUGAUCUCAGUGUAUACAAUGAAACAGAUGAGAUUCGUCCUAGCAAUCCAUUUCUGCAUAAUCAAGGAAAAGAAAAUUCUGUACUUGAUAUAGCUCUUCAGGUUAUGGCUACUGUCACAGCAAGAAAGGCACCACACUCAUACAACAUCACCAAUGUUAAAGGGAAGGUGGCCAAGUUUAUGCUGUUCAAACAAGCCUUUAAACUUGGAGAGGAUAUUGUUGGGAUAUUUGACUUUUCCGAGGGAACUGUACCCUGUGUUCAAUUUUCAGUGACACUGCAGAGUGAAGAACAAAUAUCAGAAGAGUGUCGUCGGAAACCAGGCCAGGGGUCUGCUAUAACCUCUUAUGUGAAACAGCAGGAGAUGUGUCUGCAUACAGUCCGGACCUAUAUCAACUUACCUAUUCCAUUAACAGCCACUCCAGCUUUCAUGACAGAUAUAGUCUGCCAGCGUUGGCGACUACAUUUUGAGUUUGUGACAUCAUUAUCAGCGAUAUCAAGUGCACAAGACCUGGCAGCAAAUGCAGAACAGGGAGGUCAGUGGCGAGGUCCAGCUACCCUGGAUGUAGAAACCAUGGUGUGGGAUCUGCCCAUCAAAGUGUUUCCCACAAACCCACUACAUGCUUCUUCUGUUACACUCUUAAAGACAGACUGCACAGUACUUGUAUGAGAUUCUGCAGCUAGAAGCAUUCUGUCACCAGCAGGUAGGGGUCACAUUUUGCAGAUAUCAAUGCUGUGUGAAAUUCUGCAUCAGGAGGCUAAGAAGAAUCUAAGGAUUUCUUUCUUGUGAUAAGCAUAACCUACACUAAGGAGGCUGUCAGUCAAAACUAUGUGUGGAAUGCAAGUAGUGGCACAGCCAGUACUGGCAAAGUUUCUUUUUUCAAGUCUCUAAUAUUUUUAUGCCAUAUUGUGUAAGAUUGGGUGGAGGAAGAAUAUAUAUAUAUUCAAAAAUAUUCUUUCAUUUGUCUUGGAAGAGCACAUGGGCAUGAAACGGAUUUUGUUUGUUGGGGAAGAUAGGGUAUGGGAACUAAAGAGAUUCUGUCAUAAUUAUCUCAUGUAAUGUGUUAUGCUUAUUGGGGUUAUUGUUUUCAGUCUGAAUGGAUUUGCUUUUCUGAUGGACAGUAUUGCAUUUAGGGAGAAGGAGAUAUCCGACAUUCUAAAUCAUAUUAAUUUAGUGAAAGCUUUUUGCUGUACAGUUCUCAUUGAGUAAAGCAUUUGUGUAAGUGUU